UCUCGUAAUCUUAAGUCAAUAGGCUGUCGCAUCAUCUUUACCCAAGAAUACCAAAUAAUAGCCAGGACUCUCGGGCUCUCGGGGGAAAAUUGUCUUAAACGGCAUUUUACGCUUUAGCUGGCAAAUCCUUUUGCAUGAAUCCUGUUUGCUUUUUAACAGAAUUGCAAAUUUUCUGCCAAAUAAUCGUUAGCUGAAAUGGGCGUCCCUGCCAUACGCCCACUCUUCACAGCUAGGAAGUUCAAUAGAAAAUCGAUGUAGUAGUUGGUUUCUUUUGUUUUUUGGAAAUCCUGCUGGGUGACUGCUGAAAAUUAGCUAAGAAAAUUGAGCCUUUCGACAAGGGGAAUGCAUCUGUUUUCAAAUGCUUAAAUCGCUCCAAACUUUCGAGAUUUGAAUAGAGAUUGAUCAAUUACGCGCUUGAUGGUUUGGGUUUGAUGAAGAUGAUGGGUGUGAAUAGGACGCAUAUGGGCAUUCAAUUGAAGUGUCUUUGAUUGCAAACUUUCUAAUUUCGCUGUAGUAAAACUGUGCUUUGGUUGCUGGUGCCUCUGUCACAUUCUUCAACCGGAAUGGGAAUCAAAGUCGCUGGGAAACAAAGUCGUUACGGGAGUGUCCUGCGCAGGAUUCACCGUUAACCCAUCGAAGAGCGGAGACUGUUAAGCAAAUACAUGCGAGGAUCCUUUUCAAGUGAGCCGACAUCAAAGUCGAAGCUGUCGCCGUGGCGAUGUCUUUGUGUCCACAUCCUCGCAUGGAUGACAUUUCGGUGACCGCAGCAAUGCCGUUUCCUCUGACCGCCAGACAUUGUGUCAACAGAGGGCCAGAAAAUCAGCAGAAAAUCGGUAGAAAACCAGUAGAAAGUCAGUAGAAAACCAUUAGAAAAUGCAGGACCAUGGGUGUACCGUUAGUCUUGGCCGAGUGUCCUUAGUCCUGCUGCCUGAUUGAGCCAUUAUGACAGCAGGUCCUUUGUCGCAUUAUCGUUCGUCUUCGCCGCUUUCCUGCUUUUCUGCUGAGUCAAGUUGUCCAACAUUUUUGCGGACCCGCCUUUGUUUGCCGGCGUGCAUAAUUUUUAUCAAUAAAAAUGCCAUUGUCCAGCGUUCAGGAAGAACACAAGAAAAACACACAUACGAGUCCUGCUUCCGUGUAAUCGCCAAAGGAUAUUAGCUGCUCUUUCUCCUUUUCUCCGCAGCUCCCUUUGUCCAGCGUGUUAACUGUAAAAUUUGCCAAAUGAAAAAUGACUCCAGGAGUCUUGGAGAUUACUGGCCAAUCAUCGAGGCGUUCACACGUCUGUGGCUUUGCAUUUGGAGAAUGAAUUGGCAAAACAUCUGGGAGAAAGGACAUUCGCAAGUUUUUAUCUCAAACGAAUUGUGCGACUCGAAUCGCAAUGUUGUCCGAACUUUAGAAAUACGGCCUAUAUACCUAGGAAUAUCUAGAAUUUUCACCAAAGCAGCAUCACUAGUUUUUGCCAUUUAUUAUACAUAUAUUUCAUUGCUCUAUUCUCAGCACAAUAUCAAGCGCAAAUUAUUGAUUUCUUCCCAAUUUCUCCCCAGCAUUUAUUUCUUGUUUAUCUGUGAGCUUCCGUGUUUCUGGUCUGUUCUGUGGCUUCAAUUGUGGCUUUAAUUGUGCCAGCACCCCUUCUUCUAAUCGCGUUUUGCCGCAUCUGAUGGGCUUGCACACCCAUAACCAAUCGAUGCUGUCACUUGCCCGUUUAGUUGGGCGCUCUGCUGCCCAGAAAGGGUGGCCGAGUCACUGCAGUUUGACUGUGCGAAUUGCCAAACAUUUUAUUUAAUCAUGGACACGUGUUCUGCGACCUUCCGGGGAUUCGGAUGGCCACGGGGUAAAUGGUGGAUGGUGGUUAGUAGAUGGUGGAUGGUGGAUGGACUUCAACCCGAGAAGAUGACUCCCAAAUGUCCAACUUCAACCCUUGUGCAAGCCUUGCGUGAUGCGAGUCUCGUAACGCCGUAAGCGGACACUCAAAAUGGCGCUGCCAAAUGGCUGAAUCCCGGCCAGAAUCUGAGCUCGAUUCGACAUAAACUCUGGUUUCCGGAUAAGCCGCAUUCCGCGGGGACCUGUGAUCCCUAACUUCUGCACUGAUCUUCUUUCGAUCGCACAAGAAUGAGGGGCCCUAAUUGGCAUCUUGUUGUCUUGAUGUCUUGGCCCUUGUUCCCUUUCUUUGGCAACAAUCGAAAUGUCAAGUGUGAGUCAAAUAAUGAUGCAUAACGCCCGUCCAUGGGCAGUUUGUAGAUGCUGCAACCGAGAUUAUCCUUCGGAAACAUCAUCAUUUUCUUGUAAUCGAUUGCACCAAGAUCUUCCUCAAAAAGAUCAAACUGACAAAAAACGAGAAAACAGAAAAAGGGACAGAAAAAUAGGAGGAGAUGCAGCAACAAACGACGGGCGGGCCAAACCACACAAAGGACGAUCGUCGUUCUCGCUCUGUGUCCUUUGGCCACGUGCAGAGCACACUCCACUCCCUCCAGUCCCGCCAGUACCUCCAAUCCCUCCAAUCGCUGCAAUCACUCCAAUCACAGGCGAGAAAAGGGACACACUUUCGGCCGCCAGGUGAGAGGGCCAAGUGUCAAUCGGAGGACUCGCGAUCCGAUCCCCUCGUGAUUUCUGCAUUUCUUCAUUUCUGCAUUUCAACCCCCAAGCGAUCGCAUAUCGCACCGCACAUCGCAUCUGAUUCGCCACGACUCCUACUCGAUCUGUGUUGACAUUCGCAAAGAGAUCCCGGCGAUCAGAAUGUGUUUACUCAUGGCCUAAAUCCCUUCCCUUUGGGGCGUCACGAUCGAAUGACAAUCCUUUGCAGCCAGCGCAUGAUCGGCACGUGGCGAUCGGGGAUUUAUUUGUUUAUUCAGCACAUAUUCCUCGCACUUCUUCUGCUGAAUUUUGUCGGCAAGCAAUAGAGGCGAUAAUUGAUUUUAAUCUUUGAUUUAUUCUUCACCAUUCUCGGUGUUCACUUUGCAAAUAUAUAUCUUCUAAAAAUGUGGCAAUCAAUUGCAGCUUUCAGCCAUUAGUACUUAGUAUUCCCAGGGGUUCGAAAGUCAACGCUACAGACUACGUUGGACGUUGUGUGGGGAUCAGGGGAAUGAGAUCACCGGAGGCACUGCUAGCUUUAGUGGGCAUGACCAGUGGCUUUCAGGGAUCUACCUAGAUCUACUUCUGGCACUAGGAUUACCUCGCAAUGACCCAGUUCCCAAGUCCCAGUUUGCAGUUCGCAGUUUCCAGUUCCAUUCGCCGCUCAAGUGAUUUUGCAAUUGACCUAACAAUUGGGCUUGGCUGGAGGAUCUGGGGAUCUAGCCAUCUAAUCUUACGGAUUUACGUGAAACUUUUGCAAUCGAACUGGCCCCUGGAACUCCUCGACCAUUAUUUUGCAAUAUACGAGCGGAGUGGCCUAAUCUGCUGGACUCUGGACUGAUCCCCGAUGCCGCGAUUUGUGAUCCGCAAUCCGCAAUUCGCGAUCUCCUCGUUCGCUCGUAAUCUGAGAUUAAAUUAAAAUGUCGCAGGAAGGCGGGCGGUGGGUGGGCAUUGUGCAGGACUCACCUCUGUUUUGCGCUAAAUCCCCGAGAUCCAGAGGCCUAAUCCUUUCGCUCGACCAACUCGACUCGACUCAACUCGAAUCGACUCGACUACCUGGGUGACUGAUCCCGUGGCCCAGAUCCCAGAUCCCAUGGCCCAGAUCCCGAAGCCAUGCAACAGUCGCGCUACACACGAAUUAACCUGAUUAAAAUUGUAUUUUUCCCAAAUUUAUGGGAUUAAGUUCCGUUCAAGUUCCUUUAACUCGUUUAAGCUACCGGAUUUAGUUCAAGUGCUCGCCUGGAUCUCCCCGGGAGAUCUCAGGCAUUCCAGGCCACUCAGGCAACUCAGGCAUCUCUCGGCUCAAGCCUCCGUGAGCCGAUUUUUAUUGGGCUGGCUUAAUUAGCACAAUUGUUUACAAAUUUACCUUUCGUCAUGCUGCAGGGGAUUGUGCCAGGCUCUCGAUCCUCCUGCGAUUUGGUGUGUGAAAUCCAUGCCCCGCACACGCCCACGCCCACGGCUCAAAGUGCUCGGCCUCAACUGUCUAACAACUAACAGCUAACAGCUAACAGAUCCUGGCCAAAUUGAGAGCCAGGGCCGAGCAGCUAUGUGUGAACCGUGCGGACUGCAAUUCCCCUUAAAAAUCACUCUAAUCCAGAGCACGCAGUGCAAUCAGUUGCACCAGCUCGUCGGCCCAUUUGCCACUUAUGGCCCAAUUAUGCGCCUUAUGCAACUCUAAGCUCUCAGCAAAGCCCCAACUUUGGCCACUGUAAAGUUGCGUUUGAGCCAAGUCCCAGCCCAGUCCUAGCCACGUCUUUCUACACUUGAGAAAGGAUUUCAAUUCUUUAGUUCAUUCAUAAUUCACGCGGCUUGCAAGCCUUUCUUAUGUAUGUAUCUAGUGCUCGGGGUAACUAAAAAUAGACUUCCUUAUUGCAUUUUUUCAACUUCACAAUGACCUCGGCGAAUGUGAGGCUACUUUGGGUAACUGCGGCUUCACUUCACCACUUCCGUUGGACAGAUGUAAAGGCUUAAGAGGAGGUCCUCGAUUGGCGCCUGGCCAGGGAUCCUGUGCGUUCUUCCCUAGAAGAGUACUGUGCUGUGCUUGGGCAAAUAAAAACAAAUAUUUAUGCGUGAAAACAAACCCCAGACGAGGCCCAAGGGCCUGUUGGCCGUAGGAAAACAAAUCGUUUGUAUGAGCAGCUUCGGCUCAUCGUUGUCGUCGUAGGCAGAAGAAACACGUGCCCACUUAUUAUAUUUUCAUUGGAUUCCAGUCCAGUCGAACUAACUCGCCAUUGAUGCUGGAAAAACAAAACGCAAGUCAAGCCAAGCCAAGCAAAUGGAUUUCGAGUCGCGUUUCCCCGACAUAAAGUCGCAAUAUGUUGUGUGCGGCGGGAUUAGAGCCGGAGCAAUUGCGAUCCUCUGGCGAUCCAGCGGCCAUUCGGUCUACGCCCCCUCGAGAUUAAUGAGGAUGUGCGUGUGUUCCCAGUCCACAAUCCACCAUCCAGAGACCAGGAUUCAGAGCUCGAAGUCGAAUCCUUUCACUAGCCAGGGGCAUGAGCCACAUGUGUUCGUUUUCCAGCUGCUGACCACACUGGGCACUGGACACUGGACUUUGGUCAUUGAGCAUUCAGCAUUCAGAAUUGAGCAUUGGACAUUGGGCAGCAAACAGGCUCAUUAGGCAGCCUUCCACUUAAGCGUGAGUUGGCUCUUUUUGCAUCUUUGAUAAAUGAACCAACAAUGGGAGGCGAACUGUCCUGUCGCUUGGCUCGUGUGGCCCUUUAAUGCUCGGAUUCUGUGGCAGCAUUUCCUCCGGGAUGAACAGCCAGCAGCCAGCUGAACAGCGUCUCCUUUCGCAGCCGGAAGCUUCAACAUUUCCUCCAUUCUUCUGACCCCAAGGAAAUCAACUUGCCACUCGAAGCCCACAACUUGGAACUAGACAACUAGAAAAGCUUUAGCUUUCUACUCCGAAUGGAGACCAGUGAUCGGCAAAUUCGAACUAAUUGCUGCACCCAGAGCACAUCCCAGAAUCCCUGAAUUACUGAAUCGAUUCGUUUGCCACACUCCAAGGGAAAGGAUCAAGUUCGGGCUUCGUGGCAGGAGGCGGCUGUCGAGGAACUUUCUUUCCCGCAGUUCCUUUCAAGCGUUCCAGCGAACAAUUAGUGAAGAAAGUCGUGUGGCUCGUGCACCGAAACAAUUCCUCAGCCAGCGGUCCUCGGUUCUCAGUUCCUCGAUCUCCGAUCUCAGGCCGCUCCUAAUUAUGCGUCGAAAAAUUGAGCGCCUCAAAUUACUCGUUACUGGCGUGCAAUGCGAACAAGAACGCAACAUGAGCCUUGGUAAUGGGAAUGCAAAUGCCAUUGCCAUUGCCAUUGCCAUUCAAGUUAAUUAAUCACGGCAACUUGUGGCAAAUUGUAUGCAGGGCAGAGGUAGGCAGGGUAUCCAAAGGGUCGACCGGAACCGUAGAUCAUUAGGAGUUCAGUUUAGAGUGCUAAGAUGGCGUGGCAUAUGUGAGUGUAGCAGUGAGGCUCCUUUGUGUCCAGCGGAUUGUUGGAAAACCCUGGCUAAUGGUCUCCGCUGACAGUCGAGACAAUAAACGCGAUAUAUAUUUAUAUUUAUACAUGGUCUGCCAGAGAAAAAGGAUUCCGGUGGACAGCGGUUCAGUUCCCAGGGCGAGGAACUCUUUCCACGCUCCGCUGAUCGCACUAUUUGUCUAUUUUGGCUAUUUUGGUAAAGCAAAGCAAACGAAGCAUUGAUCACGACAAAAAGAUUAUCGGCGAAGGGUAAGACAGGAAGUGAUCUGCUUUCUUUGCAUCGCUUCCACUUGUCUGGCCACAAAUUUGAGGUUCUCCGGCCAGAGAUAAUCUUAUAAUGUUGCUGCGCCGCAGCAAAAGUCUUCUCGAAUCUCGAGUUUCUUCCGAUUGUAUUGACAAAACAGUUUUGGUAUCAAUGACAGAGUUUCGCAGCCACGACGAGGGGCAGCUGGUCUGGUCAGCACAUCGAUUUAGUCAGCUAUCCACAUAGUCAGCAGUGGGGGCGUAAAACCUAAUUUUCAGCCAGCCAGCAACUCCACAGACUCCCCAUAAAUGUCCCCCAAAAGUGCCAAAACUCCCAAAAUUGCCACCACUCCCAAACUCCCAUCCAUGUCCACCCUGCUGCGCCCCAGCAGCAAACAAAAAGCGGAAGGGUUGAGCCAACAAUUGUAAGAAAUUGCCACAGAAAGUGACCACAGCAUUCUGGGCAAAGAUUGCCCGCAAAAUUGCCAGCGAGCAACCACUUGUAAUCAAGCCAACCGCCAUCCGGCUUUGUUAUCAUUAAGCAACCGGCCGGGAAAGUCGGAAAAGGCUUUCCCGAACUGAACCGAAACGAUGCCAAGCGAUGCCGAAGCAGAACCCUUUCAUUUGCCCUAAUGAAAUUGCCCCCGAUGAAAAUGCUGUCUGUCUGUCUGUCUGUCUGUCUGUCGCCUGCUAUUUAUUUAUUAAAUGCAGGAGACUCCCUCGCCUGCGGAUGGACACAAUGGACAGCGGACAAUGGACAAUGGACUGGGUCAGCUGGCACAGCUGUCACAUUUUCCCUAAGCCCUGGAUCUCUGGCUCCGUCACCCACUCCUCCCUCCUACUCAAUCUCCAUCUCGAACACCAACUCCAGCAUCUCCAUUCCCAUCCAAAAUAAUAUCUCAUCUCAUCUCAUCUCCUGGCUUUAAUGAAGUUGCGGGGAUUCAUUGCCCAGCGAUUCAUUGCCCGUUUCCCACCAGACACACAAAAUGAAGUCGCUGCGCUUGUUUGUCGUGGUGGUUGUUUCCAAAUCCCCUCCAGCUGUGGCUUCUGCCUCUGAUUGGCUGCUUGGCUGUGAAGGCCCUGCGAGCUCUACUUUAUUGCGAGGCCCGGAGUUCGGCAGAGUCUUCGAUUUCGUGGCAGGAACUCGAUUUUUAUAAUCGAGCCAAAAUGGCGCAAUCCCUGGCGCAAUGGAGGAUGUAACGUGCAUGCAACAUGGCGAUGCAACUGGGAUGCAACUUGGUACGAUCUUUGGAUUAUGCAAUUGCUACUUUGAGACUAGAACUAGAUUCAGUUGCUGAGGUGGGGAAAGUUCGAGAUGGAGAAGAAUAUUUUAUACGGAUGUUGGUCUUCUUUUCCCAAACUGCUGCAGUUAAGCUACUUAAGGUACUUAACUCAACUCUCUAUUUGCAAGUUGUACUUUUUUGUUUCCCUUGCGUUGUUGUAUUGCGUCAAAUGUAUUACUGUUGCGACUCGGGCUCAGAUAAAUCUGCUCGUUGAGCUCAGCUCGACAGUUAGUCAAGUCAUGUGGAUAUGGAUUCUGAAGUCUGGAAUCUGGCAAUGGUCGGCUUAAAAGUGGAGAUCCGCCGGAUCAGGACACUUGUUUCUGGGGGGGAUUACGCGGCUCGGAACACGCAAUAUUAUGCGAGAUUAACUCGAGGCAGCCAGAUAGUCAGGAUUACCAUGGAGGAUCUUGAGAGUAGAGAGCAGAGAGCUGUACCUGGUCAGGUGAACAGGAUCACCCGGAACCCGCCGGCCCACUGAGCUUGGAGAAAAAUAUUAGUGUUCUCCUUCCGAGAAGCAAAAAAUGCACUUUUGCAGAUGAAACGGAAAAUUAUGAAAUGAUAUGGUAGUUUGGUAGUUCAUAUUUUUGGCAGAACUCGGUGACAAUGGCACCCACAAAACUGCCACCUACAAAACUGCCUGCACAAAGGGCUUAAACCGCUUAAAGACCGUUUAAUCUCAUGGAUUUCACUCGUUUUUAGUUUCGUGUGAAAAAACUCGAGGCAAAAGGCAAUUGUGGCACUCAAAGGAGCUGACAACGGAACUGAACGGAACUGAACGGAACUCGGAUACAAUGGGCGUGGCCGGGUCGAAGACUUUACGGUGUUAAAUGCUCAUAUUACGAGCUGGCCAGGAGUCACUCCAUGAAAGAGUUAUGCGGAAUAUGAGGCUUAGGAGCAUUCAGUUCAGUUCAGUUCAGUUCAGUUCCGUUCUCCGUUCCAGGAUUUCCCCGAUCUACCGUUCUCGAUGGUAUCUGGGCAGCAUCCUUUCCGUUCCUCUGGAGAUCGUGUUGGAUGGAUAUGCUUUAUAUGCUGAUGGCAGUUGGGAGAUGGAGAUGGGAGAUGGUGCGAACUGACAAUUGACACAAUUACCAGGACGGCCAAAUCCGCAAACCGCUGCAAUGCCAUUUUGACAGCAAUUGUCCUGGCCAACAAUGUGAGCUGAGAUCUCGAAUCCGGAAUUUGGCAUUAGGAAUCUGGGGAGGAAGGGGGCUAACAGUAGCCAUUCUAACGGGGUUUCGUAGGCGGCUUUGCCCCGCAGCCAAACAAUGGACCAAAAAGGAUGCAGCAGAAGAACUAAAGGACACAAGGACAGGACACUCCCGCUAGCAAAAAGGUGUGAAAAUUUCAAGGGCCGCUUGAUAGAUCGAGUGGGCUUGGAACCGAUGAAGCCGAUGAAGUCGAUCGGGGUCGGGGGCGGAUCGUAACUCUUUUUAUGUGGGCUCCUCGCCCCGGCGGUUUGAUUAACUCCGGAGAAACCCCUAACGGUGCUCGCCCAAAAGAACUGACAAUGGACAUGGUCGUGGCUGGUCGCUGAUGGCUGAUGGCUGAUGGCAGCUAAUCAACAGUAAAAUGCAUAAAAUUAAGUGAGCAAUGAAAGGGCAUUAUGGGGAAUAAGGGUCUUUUGCGCCCAUUUCGGCUAUUAGAAUCGUUUCACACUGUAACUGUAAAUGUAAGUGUAACUGUAACUGUACCGCGAGCGGUUCUCACCCAAAACAUUCGAAGAUAUAUCGGUAUCACAGGGAUACUGAGACUGGGAACAAUGGCCCAAACAGCGCAGUUGACAGUUCAUCAAGGCGAAUGAUGCAUGCAAAAUGAAUCAGUGCCAUCAGUAUAUCGCUGGCAAAUACCCUGCAAUCGCAGCCAACAGUACACUGGAAACAGUCGGUUUUGGACGGACUGUGUGAAGAACAUUAAUGUGCAGACAUUGCUGCGUCUAAUUUAUCACAGUGUAGCUGCAGUGCCGUGAUCUCCCACACGGAAAUCAUGCGUGAAAUGUUGCUUUCUUUGGAUUUCUUUCUUCUGCUUGUCUGCUGUGUGCGAGUAUUUUCCCAACCCGAGCAUUCUCAUUCUCAUUCCCAUUCCCAUUCUCAUUUUCCUAUAACGAUGACGAUGGCGAUGGCGAUGGGCGUGGACACGGACACACCCCUCGAUCCCCUGUUUCUGUAUCCUGGCCAUCUUCCUGGGGUCCUGACAACGGGACAACGGGACAAGAGGACAAGACAACAGUCACAAUGAUGGCGUAAGGAAGUAGCAAGUUAGUUUUGCCCAUUUAAAUAGCACUCUGGACACCGAGCUCUUUGUGCGCCAAUUUGACGAGCAUUAGAUGGCACUCUUUCCGUGUGGGGUCUCCCCAUCGAUCCAUCGAUUCCAUUGAGCGAUUGAGCGCUUGAUUGAUCAGCCCAAUCUUGAGUCAGAACCUUGAACCCACGCACAAUUUCAAUAUUGUCGCCGAACAUUCAAAGUUCAUUCAAAGUGGCGGGCAUGUUUGUGCGGCGCAAACUUUAGAUAGUACUAUAAUACGAUAGACGCGCUGUCGCCUCAACUCAGAAGAUGCGACUCGACCAGAUAAGCACGCAGAUAAGGCGACUCGAAGGCAAUGUCAUUUGGGUAAUCAAAACCGCACUAAUUGGCAUAGUAAUGCAAUACGGCUGCGGAAUCCAGGAUGCGGACUCGAGAUCUGCUCGAGAUCUUUUCGCUCGGCUGGGCGAUGGGAAUGAAGAUGAAGACGUCUCUCAAUUAAAGAAAGAUGCCAUAAUUGAGCAGCCUUUUGCUGGACGUGGGAUUAGGAGCCAUAGGAUAACAAUUAGCCAAAGGAUUUGACAACGGAAGCUACGGCCAUUGUGGUGCGUUCCGUUCUUCCCUUCGAGUACUUUCAGUACUUUAAGUACUUAACUUGUGUCUUUUUUAGUCGGGGCUUCUUCUUUUUGCCGCGCUGUGCUGUGCACUUCCGUUUGCGGAAGUGGCUAAGGCAAAUCCCCAGACACAUCGAGCCGAGCAGCAAUACCUGUUCCCAUUAUCCUGUGCAAGUGUGCACUUUGCAUAUGCCAAGGAAAACAAACAAGUGAUCCUUGGUCCUCGAUCCUGGUUAGUCUUUUUCGCUUAGCCCAAACAACUCGGUAGAAGGAGAAGGAGAGGGCCUUUGUCCGCCCGAGGAGCACGUGUAAUCCCCGUUCACUUCCUAGGUGACUACUUACCGACCGACUACUUACUUCCUCAUUAGCAUCGCAGGAUAUAGGGAUAUAGACGGGCCCAAGUGCCCAAGUGCCCAAGUGCCUUUGCUGAUGGGCUUAGGCGGCCAUCGAGGCGGUGAAUCAACUGAAUGACGGCCAAACUAAUCAUACAUUCGAAAGUAAUCUCAUUUCAUCAAUUGUGCUCUUUCUUUUUGGAGGAAGUGGGCUGAAUGGAUGGGAAAACUCUUUUGCAACAAUUGUGAUGAUAUCAAAAAGAUGAUAUAUGGCCAGAUAUAUGGCAUGAAGUGCUCAUUCCAAACUAGGGGUUUUUUAGGGUUAACCUACCGAUACGGGAAUACAGAUUCUCAGAAACAAAAUGGCAGUCCUAAGUUCAUAAUGUCCAUAAGUUGCUGCCAACGCAAGUUCCAUUUACGACUGUUAUCCCAUUAAGACAAAGGGCCGCGAAAGGAGUUAACGGCAAUUCCCCGAAACCAACCAAAUACGAUUCCAUGUCCAUAUCCAUAUCCAAAUCCAAAUGCAAACCACUGCUCACCCUUUUUUUGGACGGGCCAUAUAAGGGCAAACCCCUUUCAGUCAAUUAGUCGCUGAUUUUCUUUGUCACCUAGCAGCGGACCAAUAUAAAAAUCGCAGCCACAAUGGGCGAGGCAGAGAACCCUUUUUUAGGCACCGCCGAUGGCCGAUGGCCGAAGUGCCCGUUUAUGGCUUUUGGCCUUAAAAAACAGCAGCGGUUUAAGGAUCUCCGGACUCGGACUUUGCCUCGGAAUGAGGCCUUUUCGCACGAAGCGUCCAUUAUGCAAUAAAACUCGGGAUGUUUUUUAGGCAACGGAGGCAUUCGAGUGGGCGGGCAACCCGUUCGGGCGGCAUUAGCAGGUAGAUGAAUCCGUAAAAAACGCGCCCAAGGUCGCCACUCAAAGGAUUGCACAAAUAUUGCAUCUUUGGUGCGGAGUUCAUUAUGGCGCAGCAACAGCAGUCCGCGUAUAUGAAUAUAUGCUAUAUGGUUUUAUGCCUUUAUGACCUGCUGUUUUUUACGUACGCUGCAUUUCGUUUUUUCGCUGAAUCUGGUUUUUACGGCGAACUUGGCAACUCUUUGGCUUCGCGACUCGGCCGCGACUUUUUAUGGCAUCUGCUCGGGAUCGGAUCGAUUGGGCUGCACUUGGGUUAUACGGCCAGGAUAUAUGUGAGCGAGGAUAUGUGCUCGUAAAGGGCGGCGCAGGUAAGGGAUCGACUCAAUGACGGCGACGUGACGGUCGCAGUUUUAGUUUAAUCCACCAUUUUUACGGUUGGAUUAGCGCACGGAUUAGUGGAUAAGUUCGCGGUUUUUUACUGAUUACCAUAUCGAUCCCUCUUUUUAUUUGCAAUCUGAAUGAGCAGUUGUAAAAAGAGAAUGAAUGAAACUGGGCAAGGGGAAAUGGAUUUGGAAUUGGCAAUCUGAUCGAUCGUGUAACGUAGGUAUUAUUGAUAGCAUAGCUCCAAACUAUGAGUAUGUGCUCGUAGUAGCUGCAGUAAGUAUCGAGCAUCCUUUUUUCCCAUGGAUGACAGUCAACUUUGUGCCGCUAUCCACUUCCGUUGGCCGACGAGACGACCGUUAGGACAGCUAACAAACAGUUAACAAAGUAAAACAACUAGUCGAGGAUCGAGGAUCCCACAUCCCAUAUUCCCAUAUUUUACGCCGCAGCGGAAGCCAAAGGGAUAAAGGACGUGGAAUCAAGGAUGUUUAAGGAGGAGGGCAAACACAAGCAGCCAACAUUAUGGACACUUGUCGCAAUGAUUCUGGACGCUCGUUUCUUGAUUCUUGUCUCGAUCCUUGAUCCUCGAGGUGGCGGCGUCAUGAAUCAAAUGGUCAGACUGGCGAGUGUCCUUGCCGCGAUUCCGGGAAGCCGUGUUUUCAUUGCCGAAAUAGGAAAAGGAUGCGAAUUACGCCAGCCGAAAAGGGCUGAAAACUGCAAGAACACCAGAACGCCAGAACUCGCCCUAAUUUCCAUAAUUUGUCACGCACAAUCCAACGGAUUCGCAUUCGCCAUCGCGUAGAUACACAGAUUCUGGAUGAUGGGCUGGUCAGCAAAAGGAUUUCAGGACAAAAGCGCAAAACAAACGGAUUUAGCCAUCACAACCCUUGGACGUUAUACAUCCAUUAUCAACAAGCCAGAUUCUAUCUUUUCUUUUUCUUUUUGGCCAGACGCCUCUCUUUCUGGCCAGAAAAGCAUGAUUUGGCUCUAAUUAUAAUAGCUGCGGGCUUUGAUCUGCAAAAUGUUCUGGAAGAUUCAGAAGUAUGUUUGUGGUUUAUUUGAAUGCUGAAAAGAAUAGCCUACGAUGGUACAUUGCGAUUUAUUCUGUAUACUUAAAGGAAGCGUAUCCUGCAGUUACUUCAAUCAACUAAAGCUGUUUCAAAUUGGUUUUUAGUUUUACCAGAGUAAUGAUUCUCUGUUCCUAAAAUUUCAAAGCAAGUAAGUUAGAUACAACUGCAAUAUGCCAGUUUAUAUAAAAAUGGUAAUGAAAAUGAAGCCAAAGUCUAGAACUCUAUAUGAUUUAUACAUAUUUUGAGCAAUUCCUUGAAAACGAAAUGUAAAGCACUGCAGAGGUAGUACGAAUUUCCCUACUUCUUUCUCAUUGAACAUUAAAACCCAGAAGAAACCAUAUCCAUUCGCGGAAACUGAUGAAACAUUAAGUUCGAAAACUCUUUAUGCUUCUUUUUUGCUGCUUUUUUUUAAAUUACGUUAAAUGGCGAAGUAACAAUAGCACAAAGAACUAUGAUUUUUGCGAAAACUGCGAAAACCAAAGGACUAAAGGACCAAAGGAGGGAAAGGGCAGCCGCGCACCCUUGUAAAACCCUUUCGAAAGGGGGCGAGACAGAGAGGGCAACAGGGUAGAGUGGGACAGAGUGUGAACCAGAGCCAGAAUCAUCAGAAUCACCCCUUUGCCCUUUGGCCUUUGUACCGCCUACCUGCUUCGUACCGCUUCGUACCGCUUCGGCUGGCCGUUCGUGUCCGCCAUUUCGAUGUGAAUGAGGCGUCGGCGCAGCCUCCGGAUUUUGGGUAUAAAUGCAGGGGGUUCCGACGAGAGGAAAUCAGUUUGCGUUCGACAUCGUCAGCGUGAAGAUAUAGCAACAGCACAGCAACACAGCUAGAUCACCACUCUAUAUAGCCCAUAUAUAGCGUCAAUCAGUUGGAUUAAACCCACAGAGACCAUACACCCAACACCAUGCUAAUGCACGAGAAACUCAUGGCCGGGCAGUUCUUCGAUCUCAAGACUGAUCGCAAGCCACUGAUGCACCACCACCAGUACCAGCACCACCAGCAGCAGCCACUGCAUCACUUGCCGCACAGCCAAUUGCCGGUUCAGGGAUCCUUGGGCCUGCCCAAAAUGGAUCUGUACACGGCCUACGCCUACCAGCAGCAGUUGCUGGGAGCUGCCCUCAGUCAGCAGCAGCAGCAGCAGCAGCAACAGCAACAGCAGCAGCAACAUCAGCAGAUGCAGCAACAGCAGCAGCAGCAGACCUCCUCUGCUGAGGUCCUGGAUCUUUCCCGUCGCUGUGACAGCGUCGAGACGCCCAGGAAGACUCCCUCACCCUACCAAACAAGCUACAGCUACGGCAGUGGUUCCCCAUCGGCCUCGCCCACCAGCAAUCUUCUGUAUGCCGCCCAGAUGCAGCAGCAGCAGCAGCAACAUCAGCAGCAACAGCAGCAGCAACAACUGGCCUCCCUGUAUCCCGCUUUCUACUACAGCAACAUCAAGCAGGAGCAAGCCACGCCCACUGCUGCUCCGCCCAAGGUGACACCAACAGCCAACCUUCUGCAGACCUUUGCUGCCGCCUCUGCUGCGGCCGCCGCUGCUGCUGCCGCUUCCGCGACCAACUCACCAAGACCCGCCAGCAACGCCAGCACCAUGCAGAUCGAUGUCCUGGAGAAUCCCCAGUCGCCGGCUGUGGAGGCCACCACGCCCACCACCUCCAGCAGCGGCGAGGCGGGAAAGAACACACGCCCCUUCAAGGCCUUUCCCCGGGAUCCCUUGGUAAUAGCCGCCAAUUUCGCAGCCACUGAUGUUCUGCUGGACAAUCCGCGAGUGGAGCGCUACACGGAAUACAGGAAGCGGGUGCUUGAGCAAAUACGCAGUUCCAACGGAGGAUCGCGCACCGUAACCAACCCCAAAAUGCGAAGGACCAACUCAAGAAGUGGAUCCGUCAACGAAGGCAGCUCCUCGAACAACAACAGCGAAAGCGAGGAUCGCGCUGCCGCGGAGGAGUCUAGCGACUGCGACUCCCAGGUGGGCAACUUCGAGGGCAAGUCCGCCACCAGCAGCUCCAGCAACUUGGCCAACGCCACUGCCGCAAACUCGGGCAUCAGCUCGGGCAGCCAGGUCAAGGAUGCCGCCUACUACGAGAGACGUCGCAAGAACAAUGCCGCCGCCAAGAAGUCCCGCGAUCGUCGCCGCAUCAAGGAGGAUGAGAUCGCCAUCAGGGCCGCCUAUCUGGAGCGCCAGAACAUCGAGCUCCUGUGCCAGAUCGACGCCCUCAAGGCCCAGCUGGCCGCCUUCACCUCCGCCAAAGUAACCACCGCCUAAAGGUGCACUCCUCUCUUGAUGCGUUGAACGCGAGGAUCCCGAAUCGUAUGUCCUGUUUUUUGGGUCAGCUUAUCUGUGAAUAGUUUAGGGGGCUCAACUUUCUUUUUUUUACACACUCGCAUUUAAGUACUUUAAGUCCUUGGAGUAUACGUUAUAUUUGGAAAAUGUAUUAGUUGUAAGUGCAUCUCGCAAUCUCACCAGUUAACUCUCAAUUGAACUCUCAUCUAUAGUUGUAGAAGUCCCAGCUAGCCAUUAGUGUUUAACUUGUAAGUGAAUUUUUUUCAUAGCCCUAAGAAAUCAAUCAUAAUAAAUUAUCGAAAAUAA